UCAUCAUUGAUAAGUACCAUUCGUUGAAUUUUAUCACAGAAACGGGACUUUCUUUUCAUUAUCAUAAUGUUAGGUGUCUUUUCCGAACGUUUCGUUGUUUUCAUGUCUUUCUUUUUUAUUCGUGAUAUCAUUUCGCUUAACGUGAAUUUGUAUUUUGAGAGAAAUGAAGCUUUUAAGGAUCUGCUUCCUAUCCAUGGUGAUGUCAACUACAUCUACACAAAGAAUGACCUGAGUAUGUUCGAGUGUGCUGGAAGCUGUAAAUUUUGCGCCGGAUUUCUGUAUAACAGUGGGUCAAAAACUUGUCAUCUUCUGAAAAGUCUUCUCAACGAGACAAUUUUUAACAGAAGUCGUGUGGAUAUCGGAUGGGAGCUUUAUGAAAGUUUGAAUGUUUGCGGUUCGGGAUGGUAUCUCUACAGAACUCAUUGUUAUACGUACUUGGACUUGAAGAAAACAAUGGCGGACGCAAAGGAUUACUGUGCCAGCAUCGGUGCAUAUCUUGUUCAAAUAGACACAAGGGAUGAAAACGAAUGGAUUAAAAGAACAUUACAACCAGCAUUGAAGGAAACAUGCAGCAAUACCUAUUGUUGUGAUACAUGGAUCGGAGCCACUGACCAAGUUGAGGAGAACAUGUUCCAGUGGACAAACAAAGAAAAUGUGGUAUUCUCUAACUGGAUUUCAGGGCAACCCGACGACUAUGGAGGCAACGAGGACUGUGCUGCCCUGUGUCUCAAUGGUCAAUGGAAUGAUUAUCCUUGCACCUACCUUUUGAAUACUAUCUGUGAAAAAGACAAUUUAUUUAGUUAAUCGUGAUUUGAAAUAAAAACCUCAGUAAGUUGUUGUCGGCUAUAUAUCUUCUGUCAUAACUGGUCGUCAAAAGGCGGUUUAUCUAACUUUUUUAGAAAAAAUUACUCACUUUGAAAGAGAGUGUUGCAAAACAGCGGGAAUAUUCCGUAAC